ACCCCGCCACGCUUGCUCUGCCCCACCAAGCUCUCUCCUUCGCGUCAACCCCAAAACUCUCUGCACCCCACCAGAUACAUUGUCAGCGCAUAGAAUAGCCGGCAGUUUGACUGUUGGCACACUCACCAUGUCUGACGAUACAGUACCAAAACAAGUCAUUUACUGCGGAGUAUGCAGUCUACCACCUGAAUACUGCGAGUUUGGCGGCACAACAAAAAAGUGUGAAGAAUGGCUUGCAGAAGCGCACCCAGACCUUCAUGCCAAGUUGUAUUCGGCAGAAGCACUACAGCAGAACAUGGCCUCGCUCUCUGUCGACGCCCAAAAACGCGCGGAAAAGGAUGCACAGAAGAAAGCUGCCAAAGCCGCAACCGCCGAGGCACGAGCAGCCGAGACACGCGCAUCCUCCAAGAUUCUCAUCAAGCGUAUCGAGCGUAACAAGCGAAAAUAUGUGACUGCUGUUCAAGGACUCGAAGCAUUCGGUCUCGACAUCAAGAAGGUGGCCAAGGACUUUGGCAAGAAAUUCGCGACUGGAUCAAGUGUGACCAAGAUUCCCGGUGGCGGCGAGGAAAUCACGGUACAGGGAGAUUUGAGUGAAGAUAUACUUGAGUUCUUGGUAGACAAGUAUGAUGAGGUGCCGGAGGACAAUGUGGAGUUGGUCGAGGAUAAGAAAAAGAAGAAGGCUGAGGGAGCUUGAAUACUUUGGGUGCAAAGUGCGGGUGUGGAGAGACAAGAAGACGCGAUACUUGAAAGGCGUACGAAAUGUGCAUUUCAGCACGUGUAUUGGAGUCGAUUGGUGAGAAAUUGGUGAUGCAGAAUAUGAAAGGCAUGGGUCUCGUGGGCCCCUAGACAAACCAAACUGUAGAUGCAGUAACUAUGGAAUCAAUGAUAGUACUAUUGCUCAAGGCAAAC